UCAGAUUUGUUUUACAUCUUAACAACCCCAAUAAAUAAGUGCACAACUAAACAAGUAAAGAUACUAAGAAAACCAAAAAUCAUAUCUCCUCUCAAGUAUGGAUCCCUUUGAUUCUCUUGUUGUGAAACGUAUUGAAGGAAAAGAGAAGUUGAAAAAGAAAAUAAUUAAAAGUCAAAAAUCAGUAUCAAUAUGCUGCAAAGGAGAAGGGAAAUUUGUUCCAAUGAAAGUGGCAAUUCAAGAAGCUUCAUCCAAAAAUUCACUAUUGGAAAGAAUUAAUUCUCUUGAGACUCGACUUUUUCAGCUGUGCCUGGAAAUUGAAAAUGCAAGAACAUCAUGCAGCUCUUCAUCAAAUAUACAGACUCCAUUUGCAGAAAAAUCAAAAAAUAAUGAUGCCAAGAGACAAGCAGCUUCUUCUUAUCCAAUUUUUGAUUUUUCACAGAAACAGUCUCAUAAUUUGGCACAAGAUUUGGAGAAAUCAACUUGCAUGAAGAAGAAGAAGAAUCCAUUGCAUUUUGGGAGAAGCAAAAGUACUAAAGAUAUUGAAAAUAUUAAAAGUAAAAAUGGGAAGAAAAAAAGUUUAAAAGCAAGUUGGCCACAUCUCAGGAUCUUAGGUUGCUAAUAAUUACUAAAACUAUAUUCCAAUUUUAACCUUAAUUUUGUUUAUGAAUUUUGGGAGAA